AUGCUCGAACACGUUGCUCUAGCGACUGCCUCGGUGCAACUUUCCAAUCCUGGCUCCAGCUCCAAUAGUCACGCCAACGGGCAUCUCGAAGUAUCAUCUUCCUCGUCCUCUUCUUCUCCCGCUCGAAUGGUCCGCUCAGGAUUCAUUUACGACCCUUUGAUGAUGUUGCAUUGUCCGGAUGGAUACGUCCCCACUCAGGAUCAUGUCCUCGUCUCGGGGGACUCUCAUCCCGAAGAACCUAUGCGAAUCCAUCGGAUCUUCACCAGGUUGGCCGAACAGGGAAUCAUCAAACGGAUGAAAAAAUUGGAAUUCUCCCAAGUCACAUUCGAUCAAAUCCGUCUGGUCCAUACGGAAGAACAUUGGAAUAGGGUCCAAGGGACAGAGACCCUGACGGACCAAUAUAUCAAACAGUCAAAGAAAUACUAUGACCAAGUCUCACUCUACGUCUGUCGAGAAUCCGCCCAUUGUGCUCGAUUAUCUUGUGGAGGUGUCAUCCAGGCUUGCCUCUCGGUAUGCAAAGGCGAAGUGAGGAACGCUUUCGCCAUCGUCAGACCGCCAGGACAUCACGCAGAACCAGAUGAACAUAUGGGAUUUUGUUUCUACAACAAUGUGGCGGUAGCCGCGAAAGAAGUCAUGCAGAAGGGGUUGGCGAAAAAGGUCCUAAUCCUCGAUUGGGACGUGCAUCACGGGAAUGGAACUCAGCGAGCAUUCUGGGACGACCCAAAUGUCUUGUACAUCUCUGUGCAUCGACAUGACGGUGGGAGGUUCUACCCGACGAGCGAUUUCGGAGCUAUGGAUAUGGUUGGUGAAGGCCCAGGCGAGGGAAAAAGCGUCAACAUCCCUUGGCCGAGCGCGGGUUUCGGAGAUGGUGAUUACAUCUACGCUUUCCAAAAGAUUGUCAUGCCGAUAGCGUAUGAGUUCGCCCCCGAUCUAGUCAUCAUCUCGGCGGGUUUCGACGCAGCGGAUGGCGACACCAUUGGGGGAUGCACAGUCUCGCCAGCGGCAUACGGGCACAUGACGCAUAUGCUCUGUGCUCUAGCAGGAGGCAAAGUCGUCGUGGCACUGGAAGGCGGUUACAAUCUCGAAGCCAUCUCCCGAUCAUCACUCGCUGUAGCUCAGGUGUUACUUGGUGAAACGCCCGCAGAGUUGCCAUUCUUAGAGGCUUCAGAAGUCGCGACCGAGGUCAUUCAUCAAGUCGCCAAGAUCCAAAGCAAGUACUGGAAGAGCAUAGAUGUGAAGGCUUGUGAGCCAUUGGAGACAGAGGAUCAACUCGCACCUGUGUCAAUACCUGACCUGCUCAAGAUUCAUCGAGCGUAUCACAUGUUUGACAAGCAUCAAUUGUUCCAGAUUCCUCUCGCCUCUCCAGAGCUUGAGGAAGCAUUCGCAGGGCAAGUCAUUUGCAAUGAGGCAGUGUAUGAGGCUGGACCCAAAGACACCCUAGUGGUCUUUGUACAUGAUUUCGGCAAUCUGCGCGUGGAGACGGACGGUGUCUCGACAACAAACGUGCACAUGACGAACAGCUAUCUCCUCGAUAGCAGCGAUAAGAUCGUCGAUUGGGUUCGAGGGGAGGGAUAUGGAAUCAUCGAUGUGAACGUGUUGGCUCAGCUGCCGACGAGACUCGAACAGCCCCAGAAGCAGAUGGUUCGUAUUAGCGGACCUGCCGCUGCGGGCAAGUUGAUUCGAUACAUCUGGGACAACUACGUCGAACUCUCUGAAGCGAGCAACGUCAUCCUCAUCGGUCACGGCACGGGCUGUAAUUCGAUCAUGGAGUUGAUCAAUCACCGAGACGUCGCUCGCAAGGUCAAAGCGGUGAUACAAGUCGCUGGCAUGCAUUCGCUAGUGAGGAUAGAUCCGGAGAACGAGACGAGACGAGCGUGGUUCAAGCAGUCGAACCAGAUCUACGUCCCAUCCGCUCAUCCCAUUUUGGCAGACGAUAGGGCCAAGCGCCGAUUGGGAGGUCAAAUCUUCACAUCGGAACGAGCCAAAGUGGUCGACGUCUUGUUGGACGUGCUACCCCGUAUCAAAGACUUCGUUUCGACCAAGCUCGAUACGAAAGCAGCCUCAGAAACGACGGCCCCAGCACCUGCCGUGGGGAUCGAUGCGCCUACUGCAGCGGCUGCUACAGUCGAUGGGGAUGGCGAUGCUGCCGCCAACGCCGCCGCCGCAGCGACACAACCUAAUCGCGCACCCGUUGCCGCGGCCGGUAAUACUGCGGAAUCAACUCACGUGCCGAAUGGAAAUGUCGAGGGUCAAACGUCUGUUCCGAUAUGA